ACGUCAAAAAAUCUUCAUUUUUCAUUUCGCAAAAAAGUGGUGUAAACGCUUUCAAUUGAAAGAAAAAAAGUCCGUAGUAAUUUUUCGUUUCUUUUUUUACGUUUUAAAUAUAUACUUAAUAAUAAAAUUAAUUAGAUUAUCCAGAUAAAUGGCUUCUGGAACAACACUUCAAAAAGCCAUUGAUUUGGUGACUAAAGCCACAGAAGAGGAUCGCAAUAAGAACUAUGCCGAAGCACUACGCCUCUAUGAGCAUGGAGUCGAAUACUUUUUGCAUGCAAUUAAAUAUGAAGCUCAAGGAGAAAAAGCAAAAGAUUCGAUUCGGGCUAAAUGCCUUCAGUAUUUGGACAGAGCUGAAAAACUCAAGGAAUAUUUAAAGAAAGGAAAAAAGAAGCCUGUUAAGGAAGGUGAAUCCGCUUCCAAGGACGAUAAAGAUAAAAAAAGCGAUAGUGAUUCAGAUGGCGAAGAUCCAGAGAAAAAGAAACUUCAAAGCAAGUUGGAAGGAGCAAUUGUAAUUGAAAAGCCUCAAGUCAAAUGGUCGGAUGUAGCUGGUCUCGAAGCAGCCAAAGAAGCUCUCAAAGAGGCUGUAAUUCUGCCCAUUAAAUUUCCACAUUUGUUCACUGGUAAAAGAAUACCAUGGAAAGGUAUCCUAUUGUUCGGCCCACCUGGUACUGGUAAAUCAUAUUUGGCUAAAGCCGUUGCCACCGAAGCAAAUAACUCAACAUUCUUUUCGGUAUCGAGUUCUGAUCUUAUGUCAAAAUGGCUUGGCGAGUCUGAAAAGUUAGUAAAGAAUCUAUUUGAAUUAGCCCGCCAACAUAAGCCAAGCAUUAUAUUCAUCGAUGAAGUGGAUUCAAUGUGUUCCGCUCGUUCGGACAAUGAAAACGACAGCGUCAGGAGAAUCAAAACUGAGUUUUUGGUUCAAAUGCAAGGUGUCGGCAAUGACACUGAUGGAAUUUUAGUUCUUGGAGCUACCAAUAUUCCUUGGGUAUUGGACUCAGCCAUUCGGAGGCGUUUUGAAAAGCGUAUCUACAUUCCGCUUCCUGAAGAUCAUGCUCGCUUGGUGAUGUUUAAGAUUCAUUUAGGUAAUACCUCACAUGUGCUCUCAGAAGAUGAUUUGAAAGUUCUUGCUAGCAAAACAGAUGGCUAUUCAGGAGCUGAUAUAUCAAUUGUUGUGCGCGAUGCACUAAUGGAACCUGUCCGUAAAGUCCAACAAGCUACUCAUUUCAAGAGGGUUCGAGGCCCAUCACCUCUUGAUAAAAAUCUAAUUGUUGACGAUUUGCUGACACCUUGCUCACCAGGCGAUCAAGGAGCAUUUGAAAUGGCAUGGAUGGAUGUCGAAAGCGAUAAGUUGUUCGAACCUCCUGUCACAAUGCGUGACAUGCUUAAAUCACUAUCUCGUACCAAACCAACUGUUAACGAAGACGACCUUAAGAAAUUGCAAAAGUUCACAGAAGACUUCGGUCAAGAAGGAUAGUCGGAUUUUCUUUGUUUUGUUUGGCAAUUAAAUACAGUCCCUCUAUUGAAAACAAUUGUUAUCCAUAUAAAAAUAUCAAGAACAAAAACAAAAAUCUUUUAUCGAAUCUAAAAAUAUUAAAUUGUUACAACACCCUUUUAGGAUAUAGUUUGUCCAAUUUUUUUUUUUAUAAUUCGUCUCUUUAAUUUUUUAAAAAAAUAUGUGUUUUAAUAAUAAAGCCAAUCAUAUAUGCGAAGUUAAUUUUUUUUAUAUUUUUUUUAAGUAAGAAAACAAACUUAUUUUGAGACUUUUUUUUAAUAUUGAUUAAAUAUGUGACACUCAUACGAUUUUUGCCGCCUGUUUGUGAGCUUCGAAACGAAGAAUUUAUGUUAAAUUUAUAAAAUAACAAAGAAAGAUCACUUAAUUUUAAUAAAAAUAUAUUACAUUUAUCUAUUUUCGAAUUUUAAA